UGUCGGACGUGCUGUCGGACGUGUUGCUGUCGGACGUGUUGUUGUCGGACAUGUUGUCGGACGCGUUGUUGUCGGACGUGUUGUCGGACGUGUUGCUGUCGGACGUGUUGUUGUCGGACGUGUUGUUGUCGGACGUGUUGCUGUCGGACGUGUUGUUGUCGGACGUGUUGUCGGACGUGUUGCUCUCGGACGUGCUGUCGGACGUGUUGCUGUCGGACGUGUUGUUGUCGGACAUGUUGUCGGACGCGUUGUUGUUGGACGUGUUGUUGGACGUGUUGCUGUCGGACGUGUUGUCGGACGUGUUGUUGUCGGACGUGUUGUUGUCGGACGUGUUGCUGUCGGACGUGUUGUUGUCGGACGUGUUGUUGUCCUACGUGUUGUCGGACGUGUUGUUGUCGGACGUGUUGUUGUCGGACGUGUUGUUGUCUGACGUGUUGUUGUCGGACGUGUUGUUGUCGGACGUGUUGUUAUUGUGAGAGAUUUGUGUAA